AGGGCGUAGUAGGCGGAAGUAGGGGAGAAGCGGCUGCUACGCGGAGCGGAGGAGGCAGGCACCCGAGUGCUAGCAGGAGCUGGGUGGGAACCAUGGCCGGGAUCACCACCAUCGAGGCGGUGAAACGCAAGAUCCAGGUUCUGCAGCAGCAGGCUGACGAUGCAGAGGAGAGGGCCGAGCGCCUCCAGCGGGAGGUGGAGGGAGAAAGGCGGGCUCGGGAACAGGCUGAAGCCGAGGUGGCCUCUUUGAACCGUAGGAUCCAGCUGGUUGAAGAGGAGCUGGACCGUGCUCAGGAGCGCCUGGCCACUGCCCUGCAAAAGCUGGAGGAAGCCGAAAAAGCUGCUGAUGAGAGUGAGAGAGGUAUGAAGGUUAUUGAAAACCGAGCCUUAAAAGAUGAAGAAAAGAUGGAACUUCAGGAAAUCCAACUCAAAGAAGCGAAGCACAUUGCAGAAGAGGCAGAUAGGAAGUACGAAGAAGUGGCUCGUAAGUUGGUGAUUAUUGAGGGGGACUUGGAACGCACAGAAGAACGAGCUGAACUGGCAGAGUCCCGUUGCCGAGAGAUGGAUGAGCAGAUCAGACUGAUGGACCAGAACCUGAAGUGUCUGAGUGCUGCUGAAGAAAAGUACUCUCAAAAAGAAGACAAAUACGAGGAAGAGAUAAAGAUUCUUACUGAUAAACUCAAGGAGGCAGAGACCCGAGCUGAGUUUGCUGAGAGAUCGGUAGCUAAGCUGGAAAAGACAAUUGAUGAUUUGGAAGAUAAACUGAAAUGCACCAAAGAGGAGCACCUCUGUACACAAAGGAUGCUGGACCAGACUCUGCUCGACCUGAAUGAGAUGUAGAGCACCCCGCUCCAGCCCUGCCGCUGCUCCUCCCUCUGACCCCGACUCUGCCUGAGGCCAGCCUGCCCGAAGCUGACCUUUCAAACCGAGGGCUGAUUUUUAACUGGAAGGCUGCUUUCUCUUUUUGCCGCCCCUACAACUCCCACCCCUGUAUUUUUCCACCAAACUGUCUCUGCCUCUCUCCAGAGAUUCCAGUUGGUUUAGAGGCUAAGCACCUUUGGGAACAACAUUUAAGGGAAUGUGAGCACAAUGCGAAAGUGUCUUUAAAAAGCAUGUUGUGAUGUACACAUUUUGUAAUUAACUUUUUUUGUUAUUGAUGUAGCAACCAUUUAUUAGACAUUCCAAAUAAUUGUCUAAUCUUUAUCUCACUUUUUGGAAGAUAACUUUUCAGCUUAUGCAUAUUGUCCUCUACAUAGAAGAGGGAAAGAGGUAUGGGCCUUACAGAGAGCCAAAAAGAGCCCAGAGAAAGACUCCACUAUGGGAAACCCUGUUCUGUACAGAGUACUGGCCAAGCCAAAUGGUGAUUCCAGGAGGAGUUAGUCAAAAAGAAAAAGCUAGUGCUGUCAGGUUUUUAGCUUUAAGGUAUCUUUGGCCAAUUUCAUUUUUGUUCUUGUGGGGAUUUUUGGGGUUUUUUUUGAUUUUGGGUUUUUUUUUUCUUCUUCUUUACAAGUGACCAAAUGAUUUAAAAUGGUGAAACCUCUGAGACCAAAUUCUUGUCCCUUCUUUCUACCCCUUCCUAGUUGCUCACAGAAUGGAUCAUGUGCCCCUAUGUUAAAGUGACCAAUUAUGCUUCCUUGACUCCAAGACAGAAAAGAAAAUUAUGUUUUUGCCAUGAUUUAGCCAUAUGAAACUCAUCUCAUCACCCUUUUUUGGGUCUGAAGCUGCUGUCUUUUAAAAGUGCCAUCUCAUUGUGCUUCAUAUAUUAGUGUUGCAGACACCUUGAAUAGCUUACGUACAAAACUUUUUGUAUUAUUUUGAAACUUUGUUUUUUUUGGUGUUGGGGUACACUGGCCACCCCAUCUGGAUUUUGAGAGCUCUCUUUAGUCAGUGGGCUGGCUUUGUGCGGAUUUUAAAAUUUCUUUCCUCACCUAGUACCCCCUCUUAGUGAGGUUUCUGUGAGGUCUGUUUGGUGUGCAUCCUACAGCUUGCUGGCUUAAACUGUACUCUCCUUUGGUGUGGCCUCUUGGGGAGCCGGUUGGGAGAAAGAGAAACCAAUUGUGUAACUGUUUUGAUACUGAAAAUUGACAUGUCUUUUUGAAAUAAAGAACCAGUCCCUCCAACCCUCAGACCUACUUGAGUUCAUUUACCAAUCCAGGUAUGAUUUCUCCAGGCACUAUAAGGGGCUAAAAAACAGAACUUUGUGGUGGGAGCAACAGGAUUUACGUAGAACACAUGCUUUGGAAGCUCAUCAAAACUGGGUUCAAAAUCAGCUCUGAAAUUCCUAUCUGUAUGUCUUGAUCGGUCAUUUAGUUUCAUUGCCUAUAACAUAAAGCUA